AUUAUAUGCACCGCAACGGUGCAAAGUGUAAUUUACCAAAAACGAAAAACCAAAACCAAAACGGGACUGCCGCCUCCCAAGGAAGCAUCGCCGCAAGAAGAAGCAUUUCCCGGAGAUGAUCUGUUCGGCAUGUUUUCAGGGUUAGGGUUGCUGAGGACCCCCAAAACCGAAUGCUCGUUAAUUGGCACCAUUCAAAUUUAAUGCCACAUUGAUGUUGAAUGUGUCAAAUGGGGCAUUUUGGGAGCAGGAGUUCAGGGAUGAUCCGUAUGAGUUGGGUUGGUGAUGAUUGUUUCAUUACUGGAGGGAAUGAGAUGGCUUAUCUGGGUUUUGGUGUAUGCUGGUGAGCAACAGUAUUAAGGGGACAUGGUUUCUUUGUACUGUGCCAUUGGGUGUGCUCAAUAAGGGAUCAAUUGAGUUUGUCCCAGAACUCACAUGGCCCAAAAAAGACCCAAUUCAGAGAUUAGGAUUUGGGUUUUCUAAAUAAGGUUGCAAUGUUGUUUCCAUAUGAGUUCUUUUUGUUUUAUUGCUAUUCUUAUCUCUCAGGAGACCCACUUCUUGUAGCUCUUGAUUUUGAAAAGAUGUCUCCAGUGGGAGUGUUUUGGACAAAUUGAAGGGUAUAUUCAAUAUCAGUUGCCACCUGGUUCUUAACCAUAUGUUGCAAUUGGGGAUUGGAGAGUGUUCUUUGCUGGAGAGGCGACUAAUAAGCAGUAUCCAGGAGGUCAUUUGUUUGUUCUGGCAGAAAAAAUCAAAUAAUUUUAAUGGGGAAAGAAAGUGAUGAUGUUGAUAAAAUUAGUUUGAGACCCUUGAACUUAAAUUUGGUAGCUUUUCUGUUUUGUUUGAGCUCAUGUCAAAUUAUCUUGAAUUUAUUUAUUUGUUACAAGUUGUAUUCGAAGGCGAGAAAUUGGAUUCAGGUUUGUCUGCAUCUUUAUGGCUUGAUCCAUAGGAAUUUCCCCAAUGAUGACUUGAAAACCUUAUUUAUCUGUACAGCAAUAGUGCAUUUUAGCGAUUAGAUUAUUGAAUUCAAAAGUGACACAUCAUAAUUGGUUCGGUUUUGUAAUGCUUGCUAGUUACAACUUACUAUUAAAUUCUUGUUGGCAGCAUCUGAAUGUAAUUCAUAUAUGUGCCCACAUUUUUGUACAUUUAUCUUUGUGAAGUAUAAUGAUAAAUUACCAUUCAAUCUCGUGUCUUCAUUUAAGUCUUCUGAUAAUUGUUACUUGCUUCAAUCAUUAGUUGGUUAGGUGCUUUGUUUUUUAUUGUCAAAGUGAAUAGGCUAACUUAUAUUAUAUUGUAAAUGAUCCUUUAAAUUAUUGUUCUUGUCAUUUUGAAGGAUUGUUUGGUACUGUUAGGAAUUGUUUUGGUUAGUUCUGGUGCACUUUUAUUUAUUAUAUCUUAACGCCAGAAAUCAGAGAAAGAUUGACUAUAAUGUGCUUUUGUUACUGGUAUUUCUUACGUGAAACGCCACUUUUUUUAGAAUAUUGUUGUUAGAGCAAAAAAUUUGUUCUAAUGAAAUAUUUUAGUGCCUGCUUGGCUUUGUUGUGGCUUUUAGUGAAAUACUUUUUAAGAAGAGCUUCUGUAGAACCAAGCAUCUUGAACUUGCUUCCCCAAGAAGUGCUCAGGGCCUCUAUUUUUGGUCAUCUGAAAGUGCUUUUGUUGUGUUGCCAAGCAUAAUUAAAAUGUGGUUUUGGGCCGCCUCACUGCAAUGAAACAAGGCUUUGGCUUCAUUUGAUUCAGGCUGAAGCAAGAGGUCAGCCUUGAGCAUGAGUUCGGAAACAUGUUCCUUGGAAAACUUUGGAUUAUGCUCUUGCUCAAAAUUGUUUAGGAGCAUUUUAAGAAACCAUUAGUCUGAUCAUGUCUUAUAAUAAAAGCUCUAAUUUUUUGAGUUCCAAUUUCUGAACAUAGUACCCAAGUUACCCGGUUAAUACAUGAGCACUCAAGAUAUCUGAAGCACAAAGGUUAUACAUUUCUGCCACUUCCUUUAUGUUAAUUGAAUUGUAGUAUUCAAGUCCAACUCUUGGAAAAUUCAUAUUACUACUGCAAGUCGUGUAGACUAGCACCCAUCCGAAAUGUUUGCUGCAAUAGGAGUGGGUGAUAAAUGACGAAUAUGAACUUUUCAUUUUAUUGUUCCCCCAUCUCAAAGUCAUUCAACUUCAUUAGAUUAAGAAUUUGAUCCAUGUCGCUUUUGUUAUUCACCAGGUCCUAAAAUGGACCAUAUUAUUCUCUGCAUAACCAAUGAUUCAUUGUUUGCGAACUGUUGUUUUCCCAAUGCCUUGAGUUGUGUGAUUAGCCAUUCAUGGGAGGAGGGAUCAAUUCCGUGGAAGAAGGGAUCAGAUUCUUGAGAAACCUAAAGCUUUUAGCCACAGAAGAAAAGAAAAGCUGGCUGAAAUCUUAGUGCCUCAAUGGGUUAUUGUACGAUUCAAGGGAUUCCAUUUCGAUUGAUGGGUAAGUGUAACUAAUCUGAUAUGUUUAAUCUUGCAUAGCCCAUGCUAAUUCAUGGGAUCAGAACUACAGUGCAAAGUUGCGGAUUUGGACUCGAGGAUUCAUCAUCUGAUACCUUGAAGUACUGUUGAAGCUCAAGUCCUCCAUGAUUGGACCAGGAGGAUCAGGACUCGAGGACUGGAAGUACUCUUCCUCUCCUUCUGCACACUGUUCAUUCUCUGGUGUAGCUUGUGAUGAGAGCUCACGAGUGACCUCUCUCAACAUCUCGUUUGAGCCUCUCUCUGGUAUAAUUCCACCGGAGAUUGGGCAAUUGAAUAAGCUUGUUUAUCUCACUAUCAUCGAGAGCAAUCUCACCGGCGAGCUUCCACUAGAGAUGUCGAACCUAACAUCCAUCAAGUUCAUCAACAUCUCUUCCAACACCUUCAACGGAAGCAUCCAUGGAAGCGUGAUAGCUUCAAUGACCGAGCUCCAAGUUUUCGAUGUCUACAAUAACAAUUUCACUGGAACGCUCCUGACAGAGUUUGCAGGGCUGAAGGGGCUCAAGACUCUUCAUCUCGGAGGGAACUACUUCUAUGGGGUGAUUCCAGAGGCUUACGCCGAGCUUCAGAGCCUGGAAUGUUUAGGUUUACAAGGCAAUGGACUUACUGGAAAAAUUCCAACGAGUUUGGGUCGGUUGAUGAACCUUAAAGAACUCUAUCUCGGGUAUUUCAAUGCCUACGAAGGAGGGAUUCCAUUCGAGUUUGGACUAUUGAGCUCGCUCCAAGUCCUUGACAUGGCGAGUUGUAACCUGUCAGGAGAAAUUCCAAAGAGUCUGGGUAAUUUGAAGAUGUUGCAGUAUCUGUAUCUCCAAUUCAAUGGACUCACUGGUCACAUUCCUUCUGAACUGUCUGGCUUGGUUGGCUUGAAUUACCUGGACCUCUCAGUUAACCAACUCAGCGGUCAAGUACCCGAGAGUUUGUCAGAAUUGAAGAACAUGAGGUUAUUAAAUCUGUUUCGCAACCGUCUUCAUGGUCCUGUUCCAUCCUUUAUCGGCGAGCUUCCCAAUCUCAAGGUCUUACAGAUAUGGGAUAACAACUUUACUUCUGAACUGCCUGAAAAUCUUGGGCAAAAUGGGAAGCUGCAACUACUUGACGUUGCCACCAACCAACUCACCGGAACCAUUCCUCGUCAUUUGUGUGGAGGAGGGAGAUUAAAGACAUUGAUUCUGAUGGAAAACCAAUUUUUUGGAUCCAUUCCUGAAGAAAUUGGAGAGUGCAAAUCACUAGUUAAGGUGAGAAUCAUGAAUAACUUCUUCAAUGGAACACUUCCUGCUAGGCUCUUCAGCCUGCCAUUGUUAAGCAUGCUUGAGCUCAGCAACAACCACUUCACAGGAGAACUUCCACCACAAAUGGCAGCCAACAAGCUUGAAUUUCUCUCUCUGUCUGACAAUUCAAUCACGGGUAAAAUCCCACCUGCAAUUGGAAAUCUGGUUAGCGUGGUGAUGCUUUUGCUGGAUAUGAACAGAUUUUCUGAUGAAAUUCCCGAGAAAAUCUCCAAUCUAAAGAAGCUUUCAGUGCUCGACAUGCGUGCCAACAACAUUAGUGGUGGCAUUCCAAGUUCAAUAGUUGAUUGUCAUGAACUAACUUCGAUUCAUUUGAGUGAAAACAGUUUGGAUGGUGAAAUUCCUAGAGGAAUCUCAAUGUUGAGGAAAUUGAACUCACUCAAUUUGUCAAGAAACCAUCUUAGUGGUCAAAUACCGGAUGAAAUGGGGUCGAUGAUCAGCCUGACAUUCUUGGAUCUGUCUUACAACAACUUCUCGGGAAGACUUCCUAGUGGCAAUCAGUUUCAGUUCUUCAAUAGCAGAUCAUUCAUUGGAAACCCCAACCUCUGUUUACCACACGACUCAUCUUGCCCUUCAUCGCGAGAGAUUCCCAGAGCACAUUCAAAGUCGUUUGGUGCAACAAAGAUUGUUAUUAUUACAGUAAUUGCACUUGUUACAUUCAUGUUGUUGUUGGUUGUUACAUGUGUGGUAAUCUUGAAAAAGCGAAGGCUUCAAAAAUCAAGGAUGUAGAAGCCCACAAUAUACCAAACAGGUCAGUUUUAAAGCUAUUGCAGACUCAUUGGGCAUUUUUUCAUAGUUCAAGAUAAUAGUAGUUUUAGUAUAUGAUUGUACUUGUAGGGCUAAUGGGGUUGUGGUGAAAGAACUAAAAGACUACUUGUUAUCAAAUUAAAUGUAUGUUACUGUUGUUUUCCGUAGAAGAAAAAUUGUAUAGGUUUAUGGGUUUCCCUUGGUGGAUUUUGAUGCAUAAGUAGCUGCCUGUUGAUGACAUAUGAGGAAAAUUUUCAUUUUGUUUCUACCC